CUCUCUCUCUCUCUCUCUCUCUCUCUCUCUCUCUCUCUCUCUCUCUCUCUUUAGACAGAGGCUAAUGUAGCAACGCAGCAAGAAAGGAGACUGUUCCGUAUUUCCCCCCGCUUCUCUCUUUCUUGUUUUUGUUUGUCUGGUUUUUUAACCCCACCCCCUCCGAGCGUGUAAUGACCCAUCACCCCUGCCAGCCUCAGGAGAGAUGCCUAUACUCGAGAUGGCAGUGAGCCCAGUCAAGUCCCUGUACUGGGAGGUUUUCCCCCCCAUGUCCACGCACAGGGUCUACUGCACCCCUGUGUUCCAUGGCGGCCUGCUGUAUGUGCUGGGGGGCUGCAGUGAGACAGGCCUGCCUCUAGACACUGCCGAGGUGCUGGACAUAGGGAGCCAGACAUGGACCCAGCUACCUCCGCUCCCUACAGCCCGGGCGGGGGCGUCGGCGGUGUCCCUGGGCGGUCAGGUGAUGGUGAUGGGGGGCAUGGACAGCCAGCAGAGCCCCCUGUCCUCUGUGGAGGUCUACAACCCUGACGAGGGCAAGUGGGAGAGGAGGGCCAGCCUGGGACAGCCCUCCAUGGGCAUUACCUCUAUAGAGAAAGAUGGGAAGGUGUAUGCGCUGGGAGGGAUGGCAGCUGACACGACGCCCCAGGCGCUGGUGAGGGUCUAUGAGCCUGAGAAGGACCAAUGGCAGGCCCUGACCUCCAUGCCCACGCCUCGCUACGGUGCCGCCUCCUUCCUGAGAGGCAACAAGAUUUACGUGCUGGGUGGGCGUCAGGGAAAGCUUCCUGUCACAGCCUUCGAGGCUUUUGACCUGGAAAUGAAGAAUUGGACGCGUUACCCCUGUAUCCCCAGCCGCCGAGCCUUCGCCUGCUGUGCUGCCACCGAGCAGGGCUUCUUCAGUCUGGGGGGGCUCCAGCAGCCCUGCCCCCAUAACUUCUACUCCAGACCCCACUUCGUCAGCACGGUGGAGGAGUACGACCCAGAACAGGGCCAGGGUUGA